UAAAAUCAAGUAAUUACAUACUUGAUCGUAAUCAUUAAAGAGUAGCGUUGAAAGCAAAAUGAAAGUGAUGUACUUCCUUGUUGCCGUCUUAGCUUUGGCAUUCUCAGUUGCCUCGGCCUAUGACCCCAGUCCUCUCCAAGAUUUUUGUGUGACAGUCAAUGGCACCAAAGAUGGUGUGUUUGUGAAUGGAAAAUUCUGUAAAGACCCUAAGCUUGUGAAAGCAGAAGAUUUCUUCAGACAUGUGGAACCUGGGAAUACCUCCAACCCAAAUGGUGCACAAGUGACUCAAGUGUUUGUUGAUCAGCUACCAGCAUUAAACACGCUUGGCAUAUCUUUGGCUCGCGUAGAUUUUGCACCAAAGGGUUUAAACCCUCCCCACACUCACCCUCGAGGCACUGAAAUCCUUAUAGUCACUGAGGGUACUCUCUAUGUUGGAUUUGUUACUUCCAAUCAAGAUGGAAAUCGCCUCUUCACCAAAGUGCUGAACAAGGGUGAUGUGUUUGUGUUCCCAAUUGGUCUCAUUCAUUUCCAACGGAAUGUGGGAUAUGGCAAUGCAGUUGCCAUUGCUGCUCUUAGCAGUCAAAAUCCAGGAACUAUCACUAUUGCAAAUGUUUUGUUUAAAGCCAAUCCUCCAAUUUCUUCAGAGGUUCUUACUAAAGCAUUCCAAGUUGACAAGAAAGUAAUUGAUUAUCUUCAAAAACAAUCUUGGUACGGCAACAACUAGUUUGGAUAACUGAAUCAUUGUUUGGACCACCUCAUUCAAUUCACACUCUCCAAAUUAAUAUAUCGUUACUAUGAAUAUGGAUAAUAUUAAAAUGAACUUGGGAUGUUUGUUUUAAUUUUUGGUAGGCAUUGCACUUGAGAUGUAUUUAUAUGCCAAGGCUGUUGUUUUGUUAUAAUUUAAUUUUGUUUUCUACAUUUGUGACAACCUCAAUAAAAUACGAUAUUCUGCCCUUUUGUUCAA